CUCAGCUUUCAGCAGGCUACGGGUCUUCCGUAUUUGCAAGUUAGCUGUCAUAAUAAAAUUAUUUCUAUUUAUUCAUUUUGUUUUCAUCGACACAGGCGUUAACAGCUUUGAAAUCAACAUGAGUUUUACUUUGGUGCGAAAACAUCUAACCCAGAUGGGGGUCCUUAGGCACCAAACUACUUUGGAUCGUACCUAUAUACCCAUGGCCGGUCCGCCCCGUUUUCCUAUGAGUACCGCCCAGCGUUUCAUUAUUGGCUGCGGAUCGAUGGCCAUCAUGAUGAUCAUUCCCUUCUGGUGCCUCUUCAACAUGCCCCGUUGGUCCAGGAUGCAUCUGGGACUUCCGCCCUUGGAGGAGGAGCUAAGGGAGGAGCCUCCGCCGUCGGAGGCCCAGGAGGAAAAGGAAAAGGACAAUGACAAGAAGGACAAGGACAAGGAGAAGACUAAAAAAAAGUAGAUCCUGGACCACACAAAUCGCACUCUUUUAAACGGUGACUUCUGAGGAACUUUUUACUGGGGCUUCAACAUAAAAAAAUAAUAAAAGCAACACUCUUUAAUUAAAUUCUAGAAAAAUAUAUUGUCCCUUACAUUAUUCACUGGA